AUGGAGACAAUAGUAAAUAAUCAAAAUAAUGGACAACAAAACACUGUUCCAACUCAAUCAUUUUCCUCCUCUGUAUAUAUGAAUUAUGAUUUUUUUGAUUCACAACAAUUACAACAACCUCAACAUCAACCUCAACACUAUCAACAACAAGAUUCUUUUGUAUCACCAAACUUAGAUAACAACAACCCACAAAUUCAUGUGCAAUCAAAUAAUUAUAAUCAAAAUGGUUUCGUUGGAUAUAAUAAUAGUAAUAAUAAUAAUAAUAAUAAUCAGCACAUGAAUAACCAAUAUAGUAAUAGUUUUCAUAAUAAUAAUAGUAGUGGAUUUAUGGCUUUUCAAAAUAAUAGCAGCAAUUUUAAUAAUCAAAAUAAUAAUAAUAGUAAUAAUAAUAAUAAUAAUAAUAAUAUAAAUUCUUAUGACUACAAUAAUAGUAAUAAUAAUAAUUAUAAUAAUAAUAAUAAUACUCACAGUAAUAAUAGUAAUAAUAAUAAUAAUAAUAAUAAUAGUAAUUAUUGGAAUAAUAAUAAUAAUAAUAAUAAUAAUAAUAAUAAUAAUAAUAAUAAUAAUAAUAAUAAUAAUAAUAAUAAUAAUAAUAAUAAUAAUAGUAAUAAUAAUAAUAAUAAUAAUAAUAAUAAUAACCAUCAUCAUCAUCACCAUCAACAACAAUCACAACCAACUUCACCAUAUAAUAAUCCGAUUCAACAUAACCCAAACGAUAUGAAAUUUAAUGGACAACAUAAUCCAUUCAAUGGAAACCAAAUGGUUAUGGAUAAUAAUAAUAAUAAUAAUAACAAUAAUAAUAGUAAUGUAUUUAAUAGUAACAGUAAUAGCAAUGUAUUUAAUAGUAAUAGUGGUUCAUUUUUGCAAAUAAACAACAAUAAUGGAUCAUUUUCAUCUUAUAAUAAUAAUAACAAUAAUAAUAAUAAUAAUAAUAGUAAUAGUAAUAAUAAUAAUAAUAAUAAUAAUAAUAAUAAUAAUAAUAAUAAUAAUAAUAAUAAUAAUAAUAAUAAUAAUAAUAAUAAUAAUAAUAGUAAUAAUAAUAAUAAUAACCAAUUCAGUCAAUCAUAUGAUUCCACAUUGGGAAAUAACCGAUUUUCAUCAAUGAUGGGUCAACCAAUACAACAACAACAAUCACCACCUCAACAACAACAGCAACAAUCAUUUAUUCAAAGUUCACCACAAGCAAUACCAGCAUCAAAUUGUAAUGGUAAUGGAUCAACAUCAUCAUCAACAUCACCUUUAUCACCAACAUUGAUUGGAUCAGCACCAGGUACACCAACAUCAAUGUUGGCAACAACAUUAUUUGGUUUUAAUUUAUCAUCAUCACCAACAUCAUCACCAUCAUCACCUGUUAAAAAAGGUAAAUCACAAUCUGCAUUAGCAUUAUCAAGUAGUGGUGGUAGUGGCGGUAGUAGUGGAAGAAAGAAACCACAAAAACAUGACUCAAUGUCUUCAAUUACAAAUACAAAUUUAAAAUCAACACAAGCAUCAACAUUAAAAGAAAGUAAAAGAUCAAAUAGUUCACCAAAUCUUAAAAAACAAAUGCAACUUCAACAAUUACAACAACAACAAAAAUUAAAUGAAAAUGGUACUUUAAUACCUCCAUUACCAUUUGCUUCAAUUUCUGAAAAUAUAACGAAUAAUAAUAAUAAUAAUAAUAAUAAUAAUAAUAAUAAUAAUAAUAAUAAUAAUAAUAAUAAUAUAACGAAUAAUCCAUUAAGUGGAUCAAUGGAAUUUCCAAAUAGUAAUAAUAUAAAUCAAAGUAGUGAUAGUAUAAAUGGUGAAUUUAAUAUUGGCCAACCUGAAUCACCAAAAAUGUAUAAUUCAUCACCAUCACCACCACCAAAUGCAACAUCAACCACAAAGGGAGGUAAAAAAUCAAAGAAAUCAUUACACAUUUCAACAACUCAACAAUCACCAUCAUUAAAUGGUAGCACCGGUGGCAGUAUGUUAACACCAACAAUGUCAGGUUUAUCAUUAUCAGGUGGUGGCAGUGGUGGUGGCUUCUCACCAUUAAUUUCACCAACUGGUACCACUAGUAACAAAGAUUUGCAAUCAUCACCAUCACCAUCUCCAUUGCUAAAAUCAAUGAGUAUGGGUAAAUUGGAUUUACAAGAUUCAAUCGACUCAAUGUCGUCACCUUUGUCACCAAAUUCUUCAUUAUCCUCUUCAAAUGGUUUAUUACCACCACCACCAAAUUCAAACAAUAUGAACUCAAGUGGUGGUAUUCCAACACCAUCAACACCAACAUCACCACCACCAUUAACUCAUCAUAUUAACAUUUUUAGUAAUUUAGAGUUUGUUAAACAAUUGAAGGAUCAUUUAUUACCAAAUGAUUUCAAACCUGAGGAACACGCAUUGGAGAGAAAUUUAUUAAGAUUUCAACAAUUUGUUAAAACUUUGGCAGAACCAUUACAAAGGGAUGUCGUCACAUCAAUGUUUGAACUGUCAGUUGAUGCUCAACUCCAGUAUGGUAGUAAUUUAGAUAAUGAUAAUUUAUCAGCAUUAAUGUUAUUUCGUAGAAAGAUUUUAAAUUUUAAUCUAUUUCGUAUGAUGAUGUUAAAUGAUCCAAAUAGUUUCAUACCAUUACCUUCCCCAUUCCCAAUUCAAACUACAACAAUCUCUUCAAAUGGUACUAUUGUUAAUCCAACAAAUGUAAAUAAUAAUAAUAUUAAUAAUAAUAAUAAUAAUAAUAAUAAUAAUAAUAAUAAUAAUAAUAAUAAUAAUAAUAAUAAUAAUAAUAAUAAUAAUAAUAAUACAACUACAACAACCACUACAACUACUUCUGCGAAUACUGUUCAAUCUGGUACAACUAGUAAUAGUAAUUUAGUUUUCCAACAAACUUCAAAUUCUAAUACUUUAUCACCAUCUCAACAACAACAACAACAAACUCAACAACAACAAUCUAUUAAUGGUAGUAGUACUGGUAGUUUAAGUGAUGCCCAAUAUCAAGAUUUAGGUAUUCAUUUAGAUACAUCUUCUGCUAAUAGUGGUUGUGGUAUUAAUGUUAGUAUUGGUAGUAGUAUUGGUGGUGGUGGUGGUGGUAGUAGUUUGAAUGGUAGUAAUUUAAAUGGUAGUAGUAGUAUUAGUGGUAGUAUUAGUGGUGGUAGUAGUAAUGGUGGUGGUCAAUUUAUUAUGUCACCUCAAUUUUCAUUGGAUGGUGCAUAUCAACAACAACAACCAAGUUCAUAUAAUAUUAAUAAUGAAAUGGAAUUAGCUGAAAAAGAUGAAGAUGAAAUAUUUAAUAAUAACAACAAAGAUAAUAAUAAUAAUAAUAAUAAUAAUAAUAAUAAUAAUAAUAAUAAUAAUAAUAAUAAUAAUAAUAAUAAUAAUAAUAAUAAUAAUAAUAAUAGUAGUAGUAUUAAUAGUAAUAUUAAUAAUGUAAAUAAUUGUAAUAUAAAUAAUAAUAGUAAUAGUAAUAACGGUAGCAUUAAUUCACCAAGACCAUCAACACCUACAACUCUAAAUAGUAGCGGAAAGAGAAGUAAAAAGAUAUAUAGAGGUGAUUCAUUUGGUGCAGGUAAUGAUAUUAGUACUGGUUUAAUGGCUAGUUCAGAUCAAAUCAUUCCACCACCACAACAACAACAACACCAACAACUUGUAAAUAAUAAUAAUAAUAAUAUGAAUAACAGUGAAAAUAAUAUAUUAUUGGCAGAUUCCAAUAAAGGAUUAUCAGUUUCAUUGGGUUCAUUACCAACAAAUACACCAUCUUCUAUGGAAAUCGAACAACAACAACAACAACAACAGCAGCAACAACAGCAGCAACAACAACAACAUUUAAAUCAACAACAAAUUUUACAUCAACAAUUACAUCAUCAUUUAAGUAGUAGUUUAGGUGGUGCACAAUUUACAAAUAUUCAACAACAACAACAACAACAAAGUGGUAAUAUAUUUUAUAAUUCACCAUAUAAUUCAUCACAAGUUUAUAUGAAUCCAUAUGGUACUAGUAUUACAAAUACUUCUUUAGCUGGUCCUUCAACAACAAGUAGUGCUAUGCAACAUAUGAUCACUAAUAUGACUUCUUCAAAUAUUAUUGUAAAUAAUCAAAACAAUAAUAAUAAUGAUCAAAAUAAUAAUAAUAAUAAUAAUAACAAUAACAAUAGUACAACAAAUUCAAAUGUAAACAAUAACAAUAAUACAACAAAUACACCAUCAUCACCACCACAACCAAAUAAUUGUACACCAACUCAAACAUCAAUAAUUACAUCGAAUGGAGUUGUUGUACCAAGUUUACAAAUGAGAGGUACAAUUACUAAUCCUCCACCAGUAUUACCAACUCCUGAUACUUUGGUUUUACAACAACAACAACAACAACAACAACAACAACAACAACAACAACAACAACAACAACAACAACAACAACAACAACAACAACAACAACAACAAGAGACACCUCAUACACCAACUAGUAAUAGUAUUAGUUCACCAAGGUCAUCACCUGUUCAUCAACAAUCACCAUCAAAUACAAAUACAACCACAACUUCAACAACAACAAUUAGACAUAGUGCUGUAACACAAUUAUCAUUUGCAGGAUUACAUAAUCAACAAGUUUCACCAAUUUCACCACGUUCUCCUCGUUCACCACAUGGUACAUCUGGUGAUUAUAAUGAUGGUAGUCAAUCACCUUCCUCUCGUAGAAAGAAUAGAUUCACUGAUUUUCAAAUUAAAAGAAUGAAUGAUUGUUUCGAGAAUUUAGAUAAAAAUAAUAAUGGUAAAUUCACAAGUGAAGAAAUUUGUCAAAUCGCCACAGAGUUGGGUUUAACUGAUCAACAAGUUCGUGUAUUCUUUCAAAAUAAACGUGCCCGUUCACGUCCUUCUCCAAGAGGUCAACCUACGAAUCCAUUAACUUCUUCAACUAAUAAUGGUAACAAUAGUAAUUUAGCUUUACAACAUUUACAACAACAACAUUUACAACAAGUCCAACAACAACAACAACAAUUAUUACAAUUACAACAACAACAGCAACAACAACAACAACAAUUACAUCAACAAUCUGCUAAUACAACACCUCAAUUAAAUUCAAUGAACCCUAACAGUAUUAAUUAUAAUAAUAAUAAUAAUAAUAAUAAUAAUAAUAAUAAUAAUAAUAAUAAUAAUAAUAAUAAUAAUAAUAAUAAUAAUAAUAAUAAUAAUAAUAUUAUUAAUAAUAAUAUCACAACAAUAAAUGAAUAA